CCCAGUAAGCCCAGUACAAUAAAGUAUUGUUAUUUGUUACCUUCUUCAGCUCUUUUUAGAUCGCCAAACUUUCAUUCCAUUUUUCUGCGUGGUGUAGAUUUCGUGAAAUUGAACAGUAAAGUGACUUCCAGUGCUGAAAUCCACGCCGCUGUCGGACCUGAGGUGAAACAUGUCAGAGAAAUUCGUGAGUGUCAGCGACUAUGAGCGAGAAGCGAAGCAAAUACUCCCAAAAGCAGUGUUUGACUAUUAUUUCUCUGGAGCCGACGAACAAGAGACACUAGCAGAUAACGUAGCCGCGUUUUCCAGAUGGAGGCUUUACCCCCGUGUGUUGCGGGACGUUUCCCAGGUGGACAUGUCCGUCUCUGUUCUGGGACGGCGGCUCAGCAUGCCUGUGUGUGUGGCAGCCACCGCGAUGCAGAAGAUGGCCCAUCCUGAUGGAGAGAUAGCCACGAUGAGAGCAUGCAGUUCUGCAGGGACGGGGAUGAUGCUCAGCUCCUGGGCUACAUCCACCAUAGAGGAGGUGGCAGAGGCAGGCCCGACCGGAGUGCGCUGGAUGCAGCUCUAUAUCUACAAGGACCGGAACCUGACCCUAUCUCUGGUCCGACGGGCUGAGCGCGCUGGCUACACGGGUAUUUUUGUCACUGUGGAUACACCCUACCUGGGCCGGCGCCGAAAUGACGUGCGCAACCGAUUCAUGCUCCCCAGGCACCUCAGGAUGGCUAAUUUUGAUUCCCCAGACCUCGCAUUCUCCGUUGAGGAGGGGUACGGUGCGGACAGUGGCCUGGCUGUAUACGUGGCUGAGGCCAUAGACCCCACACUUCAAUGGAAGGACAUUGCCUGGCUGAAAAAGAUUACUUCACUUCCUGUGGUGCUGAAAGGAAUACUGACAGCUGAAGAUGCAAGGCUGGCCCUUCAAUAUGGUGUCGAUGGGAUUCUGGUGUCUAAUCACGGAGCGCGACAGCUGGAUUCUGUUCCGGCCACCAUCGACGUGCUCCCACAGAUAGUGGAGGCGGUAGAAGGCAAGGUGGAGGUGUUCCUGGAUGGAGGUGUGCGCAGAGGGACCGACAUCCUGAAAGCCCUGGCCCUGGGAGCGAGGGCUGUGUUUGUUGGACGACCCAUCCUGUGGGGCCUCACCUGUGGGGGUGACAAGGGUGUCACUGACGUCCUCGAGAUGCUGAGAGAUGAGCUCCAUCUGGCACUGGCUCUUGCAGGGUGUCGCUCACUGAAGGAAGUGGAUAAGGCAAUUGUGAGGAAAUCUGGAUUUUAUUCACGGAUGUGAGGUCUGAGGUGAAACGGGCUGAAGACGGUCAUCUUUGGAUGAGGACUGGUUACUCAUUAGGGUUUUGCAUCCAGAACAGUCCGAUACACAAAGAAUACACAAAACAUACAAUAAAUGAUUUAAAGCAUAUAAAUAACGUGAUGUUUUUAUCAUGGCGCUAUAUAAAACUUCAAUUAAAUGCAAGCAAGUAUGUAAUGCAUUGACUUUCAUUUUAUGGAACUACAGUCUGGACUGAUUUAGAGCUCGCACAGAAAUCCACAGAUGAUUGAUAUAUUUUGAUGCAGAAUACAGUGUUUUUGUUACAUUAAAAAUUCAUUAUUUUCCUCCAUUAAAGAAAUACUGACUG